AUGACCGCUCCCAGACCCAUUUUGGCGCCUCCGGACUUCCUUCAGCGCAACAACUCAGUGUCGCGACUCUACUCGUCGGCAGCAACCGAAUUUGUCACCCUCGAUCAUCCUGACGGAUACCAUCACUCAUCCAUUACUUUCCCCUUCCACACAGCCGAGAUCCACUGUCCGACCGAGCGCUCAUACUGGGUGGCGUCGCGAAACAUCUUUCUCGCCCGUCCUUGA